GCCAUGAUACAUGGUCAGGCACUAAGAGGUGUGGCAUCUUAUCAGGCUCCACAGUUCCGUUCACCAUAUGGACCGCCUGUUGUUUCAUCACCAAUGCUUAAUGAUGCUCUACAGAACAGGGCUGGUUUACAAAAUGUCUCAUCUUUAAGAUCUCCUAUGAUGCAGCGCUAUAACCCUUAUGCACCGGCUGGACCUCAGCUCCACAGUGCUCUGCAACAGAACCCAAACCUCCGCCAUGCAUCUUUUCAGACACCUAUGCAACUCAGACGGCCUUCAUAUGUACAACCCACAUCACCAAUGUUAGGAAGUGCCCUACAAAACCGACAGGUGAUGCAGUCAUCGUACCGGCUACCAGAUGGUACCUUUGUAUCACCAUAUGCAACAGCGCCUUCUUCCCCAAUGCUCGGCACUGCCUUGCAAAACCAACAACUACGUAGUGCAUCGUACACCUUGCCUGAUGGAUCAAUUAUCAGGGAUCCACGUAUGCCCCAGUCUCCUAACCUUUCAAGAGCACUCCAAAACCCGAAUGUCAGGACUGCUUCAUAUACUCUCCCUGAUGGCACCAUUAUAGAUCCUAGACAGCAACAAUCCAUUUCCCCAAACCUGGCUAAGGCCUUAAGUAACCCAGCACUGCGUGAGGCCUCCUAUGCUCUCCCUGAUGGCACCCUUGUGAUUGAUCCCAAGAAACAGAAAUCCCCGAACCUUGCAGCAGCACUUAAGAACCCUUACCUGAAAAGUGCAUCUUACACCCUGCCGGAUGGUACUAUCAUCAUUGAUCCACGGAAACCUCUUUCUCCGAAUCUCUCCAGUGCCCUUCAAAACUCUGCUCUGCUGAACGCUUCCUUUACACUACCGGAAGGAAUUCAUGACCCCAAUGUACCCAUUUCACCAAACCUGGCUCUGGCACUCAGUAACCCAGCCUUGAAAGGAGCUUCAUACACCUUGUCAGAUGGAACAAUUAUAGUGGACCCAAGGAAGAAGACCCCAAAUCUGGCAGCCGCACUGUCGAAUCCCUAUCUAAAGGGUGUGUCCUACACCCUGCCUGAUGGCACUAUUAUUAUUGACCCACGGAAACCAGUUUCCCCUAACCUGUCCAAAGCUCUUAUGAAUAAGGACCUUCGUGAAGCAUCAUACCGGCUUCCUGAUGGUUCCCUGGCUAUCCCUGGCCAAAAGCCCAACCUUGCAUUUGCUCUGAGGAGAAACCAGGCAGUCAGGUCCAAAGGUCUCUAUCAACUGUCAGGGGACUCUGUACUGUCAGGUGCACCCAAACCCAGCACUCCCAACCUCUCCCGUGCAAUGAGGAAUGAAGAUCUCCAGGGUGUCCGUUUCAGGCUGCCAGACUCCUCUCUUCUCACACGUCGGUUCCACAACCCAAGCCUUUCUGAUGCCAUCCAAAACCAGCAGCUUCGCUAUGCCUCAUAUAGGGUGCCAACAGGCCUGCAUGGUGAAGAUGAUCGCUAUGCUGUGAUUCCUCCUUAUGGGCCACGCUCGGGGCACUGGGCAAGGAAUGCCCGAGGAGGAGGGGAGGGAGGGGAAGAUGUUUGGGCAGCUGAGAGGGUUUUACCACAUGGGACGGUCCAGAAUCUGUCAAAGUGGUCCAUGUACAGAGAAGAUGGAGUGCUGGAAGGAUAUUCACCCACACCUCGAAUUGUGGACGGAAAACCUCAGGACCCAGAAUGGACCCCUGAUAGAGAAAGAGUACCUGGUCAAAGCUGGUAUGACAAGAUCUACUCUAUUCUAAGCAUGCCUGCCACAGGCCACAGGGCGAAAAACUGGGCGGAGGGAAUGGAGGACCUGACGCAGCUGCCUGAGCUGAAUGAGACGACAGUUCUGAUGAACCUGAAGAAGCGCUUCGACCAGGACCUUGCAUAUACCUACAUAGGCAGCAUCCUCGUGUCUGUGAAUCCCUACAAGUUGCUCAACAUUUAUGGCACAGACAUGGUGCUUCAGUACAGCGGCCGUGGCCUGAGUGACAACCCUCCUCAUCUUUUUGCCAUUGCUAAUCUCUCAUAUACCACCAUGAUGGAUGCCAAAAAAGACCAGUGUAUUGUGAUCAGUGGAGAAAGUGGGUCAGGAAAGACUGAAGCUACUAAACUGAUCCUGCGUUACCUGACAGCCAUACAUCACAAAUGCAACGUCACACAACAGAUAGAGAUCCUAGAGGCCACGCCCCUGUUGGAGUCCUUUGGGAAUGCCAAAACAGUGCGCAAUGACAACUCUUCACGCUUUGGCAAAUACACGCAGAUCUACAUGGAGGAGGGUGUAAUCAGCGGUGCCAUAACGUCUCAGUACCUGUUGGAGAAGUCCCGCAUUGUCUUUCAGGCCAAAUCGGAGAGGAACUAUCACAUCUUCUAUGAGAUGCUGGCAGGUCUUCCUCCUAAUGAGAAGCAGUCAUUCUAUCUGCAGGAAGCUGAGACUUACUACUAUCUGAAUCAGGGAGGAGAUUGUACCAUAGAGGGGAAGGAUGAUGCAGAGGACUUCAGGCGUCUGCUGAGUGCCAUGGACAUCCUGUGUUUCACUCCAGAGGAGCAAAACGGCAUCUACAGACUGCUGUCCUCUGUCCUUCAUCUGGGGAAUGUCUACUUCCAGCCACACCAGGCUGAGGGUCAGGAGGUUGCGGCGGUGGUGAGCACACAGGAGAUCAGGGUGAUAGCUGAGCUGCUGCAGGUCUCACCUGAAGGCCUGCAGAAGUCCGUCACCUUCAAAAUGACAGAUACAGUAAGGGAGAAGAUCUUCACUCCGCUCACAGUGGAGAGUGCUGUGGAUGCCAGAGAUGCUGUUGCCAAGAUCCUGUACUCGCUGCUGUUUAGUUGGCUGACGGAGCGCAUCAACGGACGGGUCUACCCUCGCAACGAAGCCCUUUCCAUCUCCAUAUUGGACAUAUAUGGAUUUGAGGAGCUACAGGUGAACAGCUUUGAGCAGCUGUGCAUCAACUACGCCAAUGAAACUUUGCAGUUCUACUUUAAUAGGGUCAUCUUCCAGGAGGAACAGGAGGAGUACAUGCGGGAACAGAUCCAGUGGCAGCAGCAGCCCGUCAGCCACAACCAGGCCUGUCUUGACCUGAUCGCCGCUAAGCCUCAUGGGAUACUGCGCAUACUGGAUGAUCAGUCUGGUUUCCCUCAGGCAACAGACCACACCUUCCUUCAGAAGUGCCACUAUCACCAUGGAAACGACCCGUUAUAUGCCAGGCCAAAGAUGCCACUGCCAGAGUUCACCCUGAAACACUACGCUGGGAAGGUCACAUACCAGGUGCAAAAGUUUUUGGACAAGAACUACGACGUGGUUCGCCAGGAUGUUUUAGACCUCUUCAUCCAGAGCAAGAACAGAAUGGUAUCCAGCCUCUUUUUAAAGCACUCGGAGUCUAUGGCUCGGUCUAAUGUGCGGCGCAGCAGUACGGCUCGUCGUUGUCAGGCCAACACAGUCAGCGCUAAGUUCCAGAACAGCCUGCAGGAGCUGCUGGAGAAGAUGGAAAGGUGUAACCCUUAUUUUGUGCGAUGCAUCAAGCCAAACCAUCAUAAGGAGCCUGGAGUGUUUGACAUGGAGCUGGUCACCACUCAGCUACAUUACUCUGGUAUUAUGGAGACCAUCCAAAUCAGGAAGGACGGUUACCCAUUCAGAUUCCCCUUUCUAAGCUUCCUAAAAAGGUAUAAAUCCCUGCUCUGCCUGAGGGAACUGCCACCUGCAGACGGAGAGAACUGUGUCAUCAUGCUCCACAAGCUCGGACCGGUCAAGCCCGGUUCGUAUCAACUGGGAGUCAGUAAGAUUUUCCUGAAAGAGGAUCUGUACCAGCUCUUGGAGGGGAAGCGUGAUCGUGUGCUGAACUUGGCCGCCAUGGCGCUACAGAGAGUCACUCGCAUGUGUUUCAUCCGAAAGAACUUUCUCAAAUUCCGACGACGCGUGGUCCUGUUUCAAGCUCGUAGCAAAGGCUACGUGGCCAGAAAACAGAUUAUUCACAGGAGGAAAUGCCUCAUCAGGUUCCGUUCCACUGUGCUGCUUGUCGUCAACCGCCAGCGUUACAUGAGGACAGUGGUGGAAGUUGCAAGGAAGGCAGAAGAGGAUCGCAUCAACAGGGAAGUGAUGAAUGUGACAACACUGCCUAUACCUGCUGAGCUGGCAGGCUUGCUACAGGCAGCCUCAGGUGGUGAAGAGCUGCAUUCUGACUGCUUGGCAGUUGUCCAGGCUCCAAAGGUUCAGAUUGACCCCCAGCUGACCCUGCCCCUGGAUAUCAACAACUACCUCAUGACACACUACAUCCGGGCCAUAUUUAGGGAGCCACUGUUUGGGAUGGUGACUACGCCGGUGGAGGAUUCUCUGAUCCGAAUGGACGCGGAGCUAAAACAAGGAGCUGUGAACAUUUUCAUUCUGAUACUAAGAUUUAUGGGUGAUCCGAACUUGAACGGGGCUCAGGAGAAUCUGUUUGGGAACUACAUCAUCCAGAGGGGACUUGCCAAUCCCAACCUACGAGAUGAGAUCUUGGCUCAAAUAGCCAAUCAGGUGUGGAGGAAUCCUAAUAUUUUGAAUUCAGAGCGUGGUUGGCUCCUCCUCUCGUCCUGUCUUUCUGCCUUCCUGCCCUCUCAAAGACUCGCCAAGUACUUGCUGAAGUUUGUGUCUGACUAUGGGCCAGAGGGCUACGACUGUGUGUGUCAGUCCCGUCUGCUUCAAGCUCUGCAGCGGUUGAACGUCGGCCCGGAGUAUGUCCGCACAUACCCGCCUUGUCUACUAGAGUGGACCGCCAAUCGCAAGAGAGCUCACACUGUUCUGCACAUACACUGCUUCGAUGGUGUGUCCUUCCUGUGUCCUCUACACUCCUGGACGACAGGAGAGGAAAUGGCCAAAGACAUCUUACAACACAGGGGUGUGGUGGAGGGCCGUCGAGGCUGGUCAGUGUUGCUGAAGGAGCCAGCUCAGUGGGUGGAGCUGGAGGGCUCAGACUACGUUCUGGAUCUGAUGUCUGACCUGGAGCUUCCUGCUGACUUCCCUAAACAUAGUAGCUACUUUAUCAUCUCUGCACAGGAGCCCACCAGAGUGCGGGCCAAUGCCAGCAUAAGCCUGUUGGGUGGUGGGUUUGACCUGAAGGAAGAUGUCAUACCUUCAACGAUACCUGGCUCUGAUAUACAAGACUUUGAGCCUCAGAAAGGGAUGGAUCGUUACCUCGACAGCCUGUUUGACCCUGUGCUGUCUGACGGAACUGGGGAAAUAGAAUCAGCUGCACUGUCCAGCAGGAUGAAGGGGGCUGGUGGAGUUGGAGGAGGGUGGCAACAGGAUGGGCAGUCAACGGGCCCCCCACCUCCACCUGGGGCUGUGAGAGUCCUUCCUGUGGGAGGCGUGAUGUCGCCUCCUGUUGCUGCGGUAGCACCUGUAACACCAGAUAUGCAGCAGAAUGUUGUGGCCCAGCAGCAGCAGGCUAUUAUGAACCAGCAGGCCAUCAUCAUGGCCCAGCAGAUGACCAUGCAGGCCAUGGCCAUGGUUGGCAGUCCAGUGACAAGUCCCCCCACCUCCCCGGUUACAAGCCCUCCCAUGAGCCCUCUGCUAACACACCCUCCCAGCCCGUACGCCUUCACUAGCCCCUAUGUUGUCAUACCCCCGAGUCCAUAUGCUAACAUCCCACCCAGCCCUUACGCCAACUUCAGCCCCAAUCACUACGUUGCAGAAAACAUCCCACCCAGCCCCUAUCCUCCUACUGCUCAGCCUGCAGCUCAGCCUCAGGCCUCCGAGCCUAACCCUCAGCCGAACUCCACCAAAACGAACAAAACCACGUCAGGACAGCCUAAAGCCAAGGCUACUGCACAGGGUGAGUCAGGUAAGGACAGCAGUUCUCGGAGGAAGGCUCCAGGCGUCCCCAUAAAUAAGGACACACCAGUGAGGAAGUCUGCUCCAGGGAAGACAUCUCCGCCCCCUGCUGUAGAGGUGGUGAAGUACUCACCUCAGAUAAUAGAUCACGUCGUCCCCAGCCAUGAUGUUCAAGAAAUCAUCAAAAGGUACAACUCUCCGCCUCCACCACCGGAUAUGCUGCCAGCCGGCAAGAGGAGACCAGAGGGGAAAUUUAAGAAGAAGCAAACCCCUCGUGAUGAAGCUUUACAGAUCCUCAAACCACAGAUGGACAACCCUCCUGCUCCACAGCCCAAACGUCCUGCUGCCUCAUCAACUGCAGUAAAAGAAAUCAAACCCCCCAAGACCAAGACGAGACCACCUGAUCGUCCUCUCCCCAUCCCUCCUCCAGUUUCUCGAGAGCUUCCUAUAGAGACAGAAACCAUCCAGACACAGCUUCAUCAGAGCACCAACGAGGAGCACUACACCUACACCAAUGUUCCCUGGAGACUGUACCUCAGGAAGGAGGUUUUUUAUCCUAAAGACAGCUUCAACAAUCCUCUGGUGCUGGACCUCAUUUUCAAACAGAUAGUGAACGACACUCUGUCAGAGGCGUGUGUUCGCAUCACCCGGGAUGAAAGGCAGAAAAUGAAAGCUCUUUUCGCUAAACAUGGGGUCGAACAGAAUAUGGAUCCAGUGGAGGAGCAUGUGAAGAAAACAAUUGUCACUGCGGCCAGGGAAACCUGGGAAAUAUACUUCUCCCGUCUGUUCCCUGCAUCGGGUAGUGUGGGAACAGGUGUGCAGGUGUUGUCAGUGUCCCACAGCGGUAUUAAGCUGCUGAAGACCGUGAAAAGCAGCGCUGCAGCUCCAGACUACUUCAGAGUCCUACGACCCUACACCUAUGCAGACAUUUUGUUUGUAACCAUCCCCUCUGAGAAUAUGUUGGAGUUCAAUCUGACCAAUGAGAAAUUAAUCCUGUUCUCAGCCAAGGCACCACAAGUCAAACAUCUCAUAGACACCUUCAUCAGUGAGAUCAAAAAGGAUUCAGACUAUGUGAUUGCAGAGCGAAACUUUGUGACAGACGACCGCGCAAUGCUCAAUUUUCACAAAGGUGACAUCAUCAGGCUGCAGGUUAUGGACGGUCUGGAGAAGGGUUAUAUCUACGGCUGUGUGGUGAGGAAGAAAGUGGUGUUUUUGGAGGAGCUGAAAAGAGACACUGCAGACUUUGGUUGGAAGUUUGGUGCCGUGUUCAGCCGCUCCGGUGCGUUCCCGGCCGAGUGCGUCCAUCCAAUCGCUGCUCCUGACUUUCUGUCGCUGCCACUGGACCGCAAGUCAGAGCCUCGAGGAGGAGCAGGACAGUUCGCUGUGUCAUCAGCCGUCGCUGUCGCCGUAGCGUCCACCAUGGCUGCACACGAGAUAGAUCAAACAAUUGAGAGAGUUUCCCUUGAUGGGUUUGGUGAUGGAGAUCUGGAUGAAAGGGCCCUGCAAGACAGCAAAUAUGACAUGCUGGAGUUUGCCAAGAAGUACUUCAGGCAGGGAACCAAAGGCAAAGGAGAUUCCCUGAAGGGCAAAAGCAAGAACAGGGACUCCAGAGAGCCGACUGACAUGAUCAAAUUCUCCAAGAAUCCUCUGACUGAGUCUCUCAUCGAGUUCACGGACCCAGCCAUGGACAGAGUGGCAGCUGAUCUCUUCUUGUCGGUGAUGCGUUUCAUGGGUGACGCUCCGUUAAGGUUAUCGUCAGAACAGGAAGUGCUCAGCACUUUCCUCAAGCUCAUCGGAGAGUUCACCUUGAUGAGGGAUGAGGCUUACUGCCAACUCCUGAAACAGCUUACUGCUAACACCAGCUCCAAACCCGAUAGCUGCCAGCGAGGCUGGAGACUGCUGUACAUCUUGACAGCUUUCCAUCGCUGCUCUGAGGUCCUCAAACCCUUCCUGGUGAAAUACCUGCAGCAAGCUUCUCGCAGCGCCGGGGCGCAGUAUCAGGGCAUCGCUAAAGCAUGUGAGCAAAACCUGAAGAAGACGUUCCAGUAUGGUGGUCGCAUUAUCCCACCAAACAGCAUGGAGCUGAAAGCUAUGAUGGCUGGACGUAGUUCAAAACGUCAGCUGUUUCUUUUUCCUGGAGGCAUUGAACGUCACGCGAAAAUCAAAACAUGCUCUAUUGCCCUGGAGGUGAUUGAGGAGCUGUGUUACGAGAUGAGUUUACACAGACUGGAGGCCAUAGAAGAAUAUGCCAUAUUUUUAGUCACCAACAGAGGUCAGAAUGUGCGUCCGUUGAACAAAAACGAGUACAUCCUGGAUGUUGCAACGGAGGCCGAGUUAGUCGACACCAACUACAGCUUCUGGUUCAGACGAGUCAUCUGGACUCAACCCCUCAAAUUUGAGAAUGAGCUCUCUGUCGCCAUGCACUAUAACCAGAUCCUGCCAGACUACCGUAAAGGGCUGAUGAAUGUUCUUCCGCAUGGGAAAGUGAGUGAUCAGCAGUUCCACCAGAUCUCCAAACUGGCAGCGCUGCAGCACAGAGCCAAAGACAUCAUCUUCAUCCCGAGCAUACAUGAAUUAUCAGAGUACAUCGCCGCACCUCUGUUCAAAAAGCAGCCACCCCAGCAGUGGGUCACCAUGGUGACGCAGCACAUGCAGCAAGUGCAGACCUUGACCCCGCAUCAGGCCCGAGCGCAGUUUCUGGGGCUGGUCAGUGCAUUCCCCAUGUUCGGCUCCUCAUUCUUCUACAUCCAAAGCAGCAGCUCCACCACAUUCUUUGCCCCCUGUAUUAUUGCUGUCAAUCAACAUGGUCUCCACUUCCUGCACAAAACUACACACGAGCUGAUGACAGUGGUCCCCCUGGUGGAGGUGCAAUCCAGCCGCACCCAGAGGCCCACUGCUGGAACUAGUUACCCAUAUGUAGACCUCACCGUGGGGGAUGUUAACACACAACGGGUGAUUCAGCUGCAGCUGGAGCAGGGCCUGGAGUUGUGUCGAGUCAUCGCCAUGCAGGUGGAAAACAUGAUGUCUGUGCGAGAGAAGAGACUCACCCUGCCACCCAGCGAAAUCACCAUGCUGUAACACGUCCUCAUGCUUUAUUGUACGCACACACACACACACACACAUGCAUCAGACAAGACUAAGAUAAAAAGCCUACCUCUUCUUGCCUUCAGGGGUUUGUUGUGUGUCACACACAACACACACACACACACACACACACACAUUAAUAUGAUAUGUGAAUACAUUAGUGUGCCCUGAAGUCAGUCUCACUUUUACUUGACUAUUUUACUACAUUAACUGAACAAAUGCAUCAUAAACAGUGAAAAUUAUUUAAUUAUUAGUUGUUUUUUCCUGUUUGACACCGUUAUAAUUGCACUUUCGACUGUAGUUUUAUCUAAUUAAACAUUAAAGAUGAUUUAUCUGUACAGAAGAUGAACCGUGAGGAAGCAUCAUAGGCCUGUGCCUUGUCAUUGCAAAGUUUUAUAACUGAAAUGUAACAUGUUUUUUAUUUU